GAAGAUGGUCACUGUGAGGUCACAUGUCCACUCCACCCUGACAUACAAGAUGAACGUGGCCAUCCUGGUCACUGUCAUGUCCACUCUGUCCCUCGCUCUGAUCCUGGACAAAAGGAGCCUACAAUAGUCGUCCGUGUGAGAGGAACCAUGACAACAACGCCUACAACAACUUUGUGCAUUAGGAGGAGGAGGCUCUGUGACAGACCUUAUCAGACCUUCAACAGGAGUCAGGACAAGAGACGUGUUGAGCGGAUCUGUAAUGGAGGAGGCAUGCAACGGAGCAACAACCUGUGCACCAGUACUUCAAGAUUACGGGUUUAUGAUAUCAGUGUUCACACCAACGAAGGCAAAGUCACAGAUACACAAACCCAUGCAAGAUAUCCUGUUGUGAUUUGUGAUGAUGUUGCAAACCAGUGUCGUCCUGUUCAUUAUGAAAUAAGUGACUACAAUUCACCAGGAACAGAAAGGAUGAAUGUGGCUAUCCUGAUCACUGCCCUGUCCACUGUGGCCUUUGCUCUGAUCCUGGACGGAGCAGGAGCCUACAAUAGUAGUCCGUGUCAGACAAACUCUGACAACAACGCCUACAACAAGUUUGUUCGCAAACACAUCCUUAUGGACAGCAUCAACACCGCAUCAAAGACUGACUGGGGAAAGUACAUUAAGAAGAAGAAACUCUGCAACCGAUCUUUUCAGACCUUCAUCCCCAGUCAGGAUCAGAGUCUCGCCGUGAAGAUCUGCAAUGGAGGAGGAAUACGCCAGAACAUCAACCUGUGCACCAGCAAAUCCAGCAUUCUGGUGUACGAAAUCAGUGUCAACACCUAUAAUUGCAAAGUUACAAAUGUAGCCUCCCGCACAGUGUAUCCAAUGGUAGCUUGUGACAAGGUGUCGAACCGGUGUCGUCCUACUCAUUACCAAGCAAUGACCAGACGGCCGCUGAAAGUUGAAUGGUGGCUGGAUCCGAAAAUAUUCAGUAUCUGCUGUUCACUGGUGUUGUGCCUCCGUUCACUCUCCAAAAGUCCCGUGUUGAUGGCUUUGAGGGAUUCUUUCAUGGCAGCCAACUCUCUCAUGAAGCCGCACACGUCAGCAGGAGGAGAGCACGACUCGUCACUGCGAACCGCACUAAAGAAACCAAACAGGGCCAAAGAAAUCAAAGUGGAGGACUUCAUCUUCUGGCUUCACCAGUGGCAGAGUAGAGACCCUCUGACAGAGCGGCUAGCUGAGGAAGCUCUGUCCCAUUCACUCAACUCUAACGCUACGGCUCUGAUGGCAAUCAUCAGGGUGCUCAUUUUCAAAAGUGAAGAGCUGCACUUUCUGCAAAUGGCUUUGGAGGAGAAGCAGCUUUUAAAGGGGCUGAAAGUAGCUAAAAAAGUUGAAACUUGUCAGCUAGACUGGACUCUGGCCUGCUUCGCUGGGGCUCCUGAUUCCUGGGGGGCGUUGGUUCACAGCUGCAGGAGCUCUGUGCCGGUCCUCCUCUGCUGUACUCUGGUUCCCGACCGAAUGGCUCUGGUUCGCACUGUGUCCCUGGACAUGGAAGCCCUGGAGGAAUCUGUGGAAUCAACAGAAGGGGGAAGUUUAGUUGGGGGAGUGGAAAGGCACUUUGCUGGGGUUGCGUGCUGGAACGUGCUGGAAUGGAGCUCGAGCUUCACAUUACUCUUGGGGAUUGGGCGGGCCUUCUGCUGGGAGUGCUUGGGCAUUCAGGCCUUGGGUCCCAUGCCUGGUGAAUGCUUGGAUGCCCUGGGCCCAGUGGGCCUGGAAGCUUCAGGCUACCUGGCUGAAGAGACGGAUAAGGAGAGCAGUGGCAGGGGGGCUCGUGGGUUCCACUACCUCCCUGUC